UUGACGCCUCCGACAACAAGUGGUCGGGGAAAAGUUUCGGCUUCUUUUUCCAGAGAUAAUUCUCUCUGGCGAUGAUUCGCACUGCCCAUGCGCUCUUGACGAGCCUCGGGAGCAAUCCCCACGAUCCUGUGCGAGUUCUUGAAUCCUUGAGCAUCUUUCACAACCUCGAAAGGUCUACUGAAAUCGAAGAAUUCGAUCUUACUGACAAAUUUGAAGAAGAGGAUGCGGUGAGUAAUGUCGAAGGAAGAGGAGAAGCCUUGUCCUACAAAGUCGAGACCAGUUGAGCGGGGCGUGGUUCAUACCCGCAGCAGAAGCUGUCGAGGGUGUCUGUUCUACUCCAGCAUCUUGCGAGACAGCAAUCAAAAUCCUACAUGUUACGGCUUCAGUCGCAGCGUUCCCCAAUCAUACAGAACCUUGGAAGUGAGAGAAGCUACAAAAGAUUUCAAGUAUGCGUGCGUGGGCUACGGCCGCCACAAGGAGGUCACCGCAAGCUCACCGAAUGAUAAAGACACCGAGAUCAAUGGUGAGCUCCCGCUAUGCGUCGGGAUUGAGAUUCUGGCAGACAAAAGGCCUAUGAAUCAACUACCUCAGAAUACCAAGCACGAGGGAGUAGAUGAGCAUGUGCGCAAUCCACUGGUACGUCCUGGAGCUGCACCUGGGGAGGAUUUCACGUCACGGUACUGUAGAAGUGCAAACAAAGUGGCUGCCGCAGUUGCGACCAACAUCAUCAGAUUUACUAAUGGGGUCAAAAAUACUAUGGAUGACAUACUCGGCUCUAACGAUGACAAGAACAAGUAGACUGGA